AUGAUGAUAUUUUUUAUAACUUGCUUAUUUAUUACUGUAAAUGGCCAGUGCCCACUUGUUUGUUCCUGCGAUGAUCAUGAUAAAACGGCGAAUUGUGGCAAUCAAGAAUUAGAUGCAGUACCAGAAAAUCUCCCAUGGUUCGUACAAGAUCUGACUCUAUCCGAAAAUCAGCUAACGCGAAUUCCGAAAAAUGCCUUUCCCUCAAAAAAUAAUCUUCUCAUGGUCAACUUCCGAAACAACCAGCUAGUAGAUAUCGCUGACGGGGCAUUUGCGGACCAGAAGAAGUUAAAGACAUUGACGUUUUCAAACAAUCAGCUGACCAGAGUCCCAACAAACGGAAUUUCUAGCGCCAAGCAACUAAAAGAGCUUUUCCUCGACCACAACAAAAUCCAAAUGAUUCGUCAAAAAGCGCUUUAUGAAAAUUCACAGCUAGAAUGGCUCCAUCUUGCGCAUAAUAAUAUUUCGAUGAUUGCUGGCGACGCAUUUUCGGGCCUCAAUCAGCUUCGAUUCUUGAAUUUGGAAGGGAAUCAGAUCAAGGCGAUCGGGGCUCGUGUUCUUGCCCAUCUUUCUAGCUGUGUGAUUCUCGAUCUAUCCUCCAACUUGAUCAAGCUCAUCCACGAAGACGCCUUCAAGCCUCUCUCCGCCGCGAACACGCUCAAACUCGACUCAAACAAGCUCACCGACAAUUCCUUUCCAAGCAACGUCUUCGAGCGAUCCUCGAAGCUCGAAGUUUUGACGCUCACGAACAACUCCCUGGCGAUGAUUCCGCCGCCAGAAGUACUGAAUGGACUCAAGAGCCUUUCGACGCUGAGUUUGUCGGCAAAUCAGAUUGUUUUGGUGAAGACAAAAGGGAUGACCUCGAUUUCGACUUUGAGGAGAUUGCAUUUGGAUGAAAACAGAAUAACGAUCCUAGAGCCAGAAUCAUUCGAUGGCCUAAAAAACCUAAAAGAACUCGACCUGAGCAACAACAAAAUCAAGUCGAUCAACAAUCACCGUUUUGACGAUCUCGUCGAUCUCGAAAAACUCGAUCUCGCUAAAAACACUAUCUCAAGCGUCGAAUCAGCUUCUUUCACAAAACUGCACAACUUGAAAGAGCUAGAUUUCUCGAAAAAUAAAAUUGAAGAACUUGAUCCGGAAAUUUUUCUCUACAACAAGAAGCUUCAUCAGCUCAGUUUGAACAACAAUCAUCUCAAAAUCCCUCACGUAAACUGGGUCAAAAACUCCGACCAUCUGAGCGUCCAACUCGACAAGAAUCCCUGGACUUGCGGUUGUCACAUGGUUGUUUUUUUGAACUCUUUUCUUGAUGGUCGUCAUUCCGCGACUACCGUCCUGAAUCAAAUAAUCUGCGAUGAGCCGGAAGAGCUAAAGGGUCACCCUGUCAAUGACAUUGACGAGGGACACAUGCAUUGCUGGCAAGAAGUCGAUCUUCUAUGGGACGCAGCCGUUUUUAUUUGGUUCCUGACCCUGAUUUAUAUUAUGCGAAAAUGGAGGAUUCUUCAACUUUGUUGCUGCUGCUUCGCUCGGAGGUCAAAAACGACUUGA